CGGACGGAUCCUGGAUACUUAAUAACAACCUUCAUUUGAGAGCUUGGGGAGACGCUUAUGGAAGCUGGGGUCAAGUCAGGUGUUCGUAACCAACUCCGAUGUAACCUCGGACCAUCGGCCGAGAAAGCCAUGAUGAUGUCUCUGGUUGCGACCGCCACUGUGUAUCUCUGUGUUUCCGCCGCGUCCCUUUCUCUGGGUUUCGUCCUCAGUAAACCGACCGCUGCACCUGAAACACUCAGGGAGGUCGUCGAAGAAAAGGAUCGAGAUGACUCUGAUUCGGACGAGGAAGAGCAAACAGAUCUUUCAAAGUUGACCCCCCAAGAUUGCGCGUUGGUCUUGGUUGUCCGGACCGAUCUAGGGAUGAGCACAGGGAAAAUUGCAGCUCAGUAAGUGGACGCGCCUUCGCUGGCUGUUUGGGGACCAGAACAUCCCCUAGAUGCUCGUGAGAGACGCGUUUUCUUUCCUCCGCAAUCGCCUUCAGCUUCUCGAACUAGGCACGCUACCCUGGCUUGCUACAAGACCCUUGCAUCCAAGAGCCCGCUGCUGCUUCGCGCUUGGGCUCAGGAUGCUUAUCCAAAAGCGGUCGUCCGAUGUGCUAGUGAAGACGAGUUGCUGCUGCUCCAGGCACAGGCUCAGAGCCUCAACCUCUGCACUCGCACCAUUCAGGACGCUGGACGAACACAGAUCGCUGCGGGCUCCACCACUGUCCUGGGCAUCGCAGGACCGAAUUCGUUGUUAGACCAGUUCAAAGAGUUGCAGAGCCUCUAGGCCAAGUAUAGACGGAGGCUGCGGAGCGGAUCAAGGAAUAUCAAAGAUAUCAACGGUAACGAGGCAACUUGUUGAAGCCCAAAGUAUCUGGACUUGGCCCGACCUCAAGUGGAGACACUGCAUAGUAGUCACAGUGUGUAACUCGUCUGUAGCAUUUGUACCUCCUACCCAGAGCUAUCCGAACGUUGCGCUCAUUCCAAUUUACGCUUCACGCCAGUUUCUAUCUUAAGACACUUGGCACAACUCGGCAUUGGGCAAGUCCUGAUCGGUGAUCGACGUAUCCUAAAACGGCUGUCCCAUCACGUCGUGUGGAUUCCCUCCGUCCCUCAGGCUCCGUCCCACACAACCACCAGGCUCCAAGGUUUUUCUGCCUAAGCCCGAACGACAGUGUCAUUCGCAGGACGACCGUACUGUCCGCCCACAUUCCUUUUGAACCAUGGCGUCGUCCUUCAGCUCGCAAGACUGGAAAGCCACAUUGGACGACGACCCUCCCUCCUCUCCUUACGUCCCGUCACCCAGACACCAAACAUUCGCGCUCGAACACCGUCGAGAACCCUCCUAUCCCCUCCGCAAACCGCAUUUUGACUCAAAGGGUUCUGAUGAUACCUCGCACGACCUCACGCCUGUCGCUUAUCCGCCUCCACCUCCACCUAAAGAGAGCGAUGGGUCGGGAUUCUGGGAAAAGAUUUUGCCCGAUUCCAUCGCUUGCCGACUCUAUGUCCUGACCGUUCUUAUUGAGACGACUGUGGAUCUCGCUAUAGAAGGCGAAUUACUAAUGCAGAUCAAUAAGAACUUGGACACCGGUACUCAGGGCGCUCAAGCGGCGCACAAAAUGCCCGUCUAUCUGGGUAUCUUCGCCCUAGCCCAUGUCUUUCAGUUUGUGAUGGCAGUUGACGCGGUCUAUGCACGAAAUACGCUGCAGUUCAUUGCUCUGACCAUUUUCAACGCGCUCUUCCUCGUUUACGCUGUGAUCCAAAUUGGCGAAAUCCGGCAAUUGAACACAGUUUCCUCCUCCAUUAUACCAAUCAACGUCCUAACAACCAUCAUUCCCUGCGUCAUCGGUGUGGCCGAAAUUGCGUACAUCGCGCUCGGUUGGAAGAUCUACAACGAGUUUGGUUGGAGCGUAUACAAGUUCCUAGGCGCAGACCGGCGAAUCAAGAGAUACUACGCAAACUACCAGAUCUACGAAUGCCUGGUCAAGUUUGACGUAUUUUUCUGGGCUGGGUUCUCCGUGCAGUUCAUCUGGCUGGUGCUCCUCGAUCACGACUGGGAGUUUUACAUUACUUGCGCUGCACUGCCUCUAUCAGUCGUCCUGUUGAUUGAAGGGCACCUCGCGGCGCGACACGAGAACAAGCCGAUGAUGUAUACUUUCCUCUCUGGCUGUGUUGGGGCUAUGAUCUACUUCUUGUACAAGCUGGUCAAAGUGCUGCGGUUCAGACAAACCCCAGAUUUUAUUCUCGUGUGGAAGACUCUAGCUGUCUUUUCGAUCAUUGCUAUCAUUCUGCUCUUCCUAACAUUCGCGUGCUCGAUAAUCGUGCUGGGUAACUUUGGGCGAGGUCUCAAAGAUGCUCUGUCCAGAAAUAGUGCGGGCAACGGGUCUCAGCAUCACCGCCGGGCAGCCAGCACCAACCUCAACCGAAUGAGCAUCGAUUAGCCUUAUGUACAUAGACGCACAGUGUACAUAGACUGUAAACCGUGGGUCGGACCUUGCCUAAAUUUAGUUACCUUACACUUGUACUACCAACAUCUGACAUUGGUCAAUUCGAUUUCUUUGCAGCUAGGUGCAUAGUACACGAGAGAGAUGUAAGGAGAGAUGUCUGGCGAUAUCAAUUAUAAAAAACCAAAAGUCCAGCAGGCUACCCAAGAACCUGUAUCACAUCGCAUAUACAGUCUCGACCAGCCGAGCAUAAAAAAGUAGUUCUCCGCCACUCAGAUUAGCUUCAAACGACAACCACUCGCACGGCCACACGACCGGCAAAGUUGCGCGGCCCCAAUUCGUCCGCACCGGAAGGCGGCCCGCGAGGCUGUCUGGUAGGCUGGCUCACCUGUCUCUGCCCGACAAUCUUGGGCGCCCCAGAUCCGAGACCGAGCUCGGCGAUGAGGACUUUGCCCUGCUUGGGGGGCGAGACGCUCAGCAUGUCCGAAGAAGAAGAGCGGGGAGUAGUCGGCGGGGAGUUCGAUGCAACAGAUUCCGAGGAACUGGUCGAGUAACCAUCAUCAUUUUCGCCUUCCGAUCCAUCAACAGCGACCGCAGGCACAGGAUGCACGGACUCGCUGUUGAUCUGCAGCGGCAGCGGACGAGUCUUUCCCAGAGCCGGAGGCGAAAGGCGGGGCGGGGAAGAACUCUUAAUGAAGUUCGGACGGUUCCCAGUGCGGAGAACCGAAUUAUUGGUUCCGUUACGUCUCCAGCUGGAAGCAGUCUCCGAUUUGGGGACAACUGGGGUGGCGACACCCAACGCGGUUCCUCCGCUGAUGACCCCGGUACCCGGCGUAGGAGGUACAGGCAGCUGCUCGUUGUACUCCUCGGUCGAGAAACGACCCAUCGGGGGAAUCGCGCGCGCUCCGAAUUUUCCCCCGAGAGCAGCAGUCAUAGGCACCUGACCCUCCUCUUGAGGACGCAAGGUUCUCAUGGCUGGAGCAUUGGAAGUUUGGGGGUGAAUGUUGAAUGAGCCAGUCGGACCGGCUGUCGCGGGAGGGUUAAAAUUCGGGCGCCUUUGCGUCUGGCUCUGAGCCAGGAACUGGGCUUGGUACUGCUGGGCCUGGAGAGCCUACGAGAGAGAUAAAAAUGAGGCAAGACUAUAGAUGGAGUUGAGCUACCUGCAUCCUGAGAAUCUCCAUCUGCAUCAACUGCAUCUGCAGAGCCUGCGCCUGAGCCUGGUUGGCCUGACCCCCAAAAGCGGGGGAAAAGGCACCAUGAUUCUGCUGUUGCAGGAAUCGGUUGCUUGCCCCAUCGACGGCGGCUGUCAUCGGCAUCGCGCGUUGGCUAGCUGCCUGAUUGACGAACAACAUCUGUCCCUCUCCUUCCUCCGGGUAUACAGAGUGCUGACUGACAGAGAGGCGGGGAAUAUUGAAAGAGGCACCGGGAGCUGCGGUCUGAGGGAAAUUGGAGCGCACACCCCCAGUGCGAAGGCCAGCGAGCAGGGAAGCACGGUUGGAAGCUGAAGUAUGAGUGGACAUUGGGACCGGGCAAGGAAGAUUGGGAAGGUGAAAUGAAGUUGAAAGAAGGAUUGAGGCGAUUACAGAAAAACGCAGAAGAAAAAAGUGAGAAAACCGAAGGAGGGAGAGCAGAGGAGAGUUGUAGCUU